AAACCCCUCGUCUCAUUCCUGUAAUCUUUACUUUACAUUCUAAAAUCUUAAAACAUUUCCUUCUUCUUCUGCGUAAUAAUGCCAAACCUAACUAAUCCUCCGGCCGAUCACACCCGAGCCGCCUGGCGGUGGUGUCUAGCCACCGCCUUCAGAACAGGGCUGGCAUGUACAAUAGUGGGUUGUCUCACGCUCUACGGACCAUCAUUUCUCCACCAACAAAUAGCCUUCCCAGCAUUUUCUUAUGUGACUGUGAUACUUAUAGUUACUGAUGCAACUUUCGGUGACACACUUCACGGUUGCUGGUUAGCACUCUAUGCCACGUUUCAGAGUUUGGGUCCUGCUAUGUUGAGCCUGUGGUUGAUUGGUCCAGCCCGGUUCACUAGUGGCACUAUAUCUUUGGCAGUUGCUUUAGGUGCUUUUGUUGUUGCACUUCCUGAAGGGACUCAUUUGAUAGCUAAAAGAAUUGCAUUAGGUCAAAUUGUUAUCGUGUACGUGAUUGCUUUUAUCAAUGGCGUUCAUACUCAACCAAUCAUGCAUCCUUUGCAUGUUGCGGCUAGUACUGCCGUUGGAGUUUUAGCUUGUAUGCUUGCCUUGUUGUUACCAUAUCCAAGAUUGGCCUGUUGGGAGGUGAAAGAGAAUUGCAAGCUGCUUGCUGAAAAUGCUUCCAAGAGACUGAAGCUUUAUGUGAAAGCAUUUGCUGCAGAAGAUGGUGCCUUGGCAUUAUCGUCUAUCUCUCAGGCUAAAUUAUUGGCUAGUGCUGGAACCAAACUUCUUCAAAAUAUUAAACGCUAUCAAGGAAGCAUGAAAUGGGAAAGACUUCCAUUCAAAUUUUUGAGGAAUUAUUACAUGAAUCCUGGAGAGAAAUUGCAAGAACUGGAGAUACCAUUGAAAGGAAUGGAAAUGGCUUUAACUGGCAUCUCUUCAUUUCCGGUGAAAAUGGCGGAAGGAGAGACCAAAGAAAGCCUACAAUUAGAGGAACAUGUUAGCCUGACCCUGAAACAAAUAAAGAACUGUUUGCCUUGUGAUUCUCUGACUGUUCCGGAAUCAAAAGCUGAAACGAUAAUCGAGUCCCUCCAAACUCUUCAAACAAUCCCAAAGGCCACCCAAGAUUUAUCCUCUCUUUUCUUCUUAUUCUGCAUGAAACUCCUCCAUUGCAAACCAUUACCAAAACAAACCUCUUCAAAACAAGAAAGUGAAGGAUCAACCACUUCAAGCAAGAAAAACAGUUUCUUGGACAGUAUCUGGACCAAUUGGGCAAUGAAUGUAAGAAGCAAAAGGCUUAUGCCAGCUUUCAAAUGUUCUCUUUCUUUAGGCCUUGCAAUCCUUUUCGGUUUGUUAUACAGCAAAGAAAAUGGUUUCUGGUCAGGACUUCCAGUAGCCAUUAGUCUAGCUGCAUCAAGAGAGGCAACAUUCAAAGUAGCCAAUGUUAAAGCUCAGGGGACAGUGUUAGGAACUGUAUAUGGAGUAUUGGGUUGUUUUGUCUUUGAAAGAUUCAUGCCAAUAAGGUUCCUAUCUCUUCUUCCUUGGUUCAUUCUUACCAGUUUUCUAAGGCGGAGCAGAAUGUACGGCCAAGCUGGUGGAAUUUCUGCUGCUAUUGGUGCCGUACUAAUUUUGGGCAGGAAAGGUUUUGGUCCUCCAAGUGAAUUUGCUAUAGCAAGAAUUACUGAAACUUUCAUUGGGUUAUCAUGUUCAAUUAUGGUGGAACUUAUACUUCAACCAACAAGAGCAGCAUCACUGGCCAAAGUUCAACUUACUAAGAGCUUAGGGUCAUUAUCUGCUUGCAUUGGCUCAAUAAGCCUUGAAGCCAAUUUGUUAGUAGAGAACCAAAGGAGACUAAAAUUGGAAGUUAGUGAGCUAAAGAAAUUCAUUGGAGAAGCUGAGGUGGAGCCCAACUUCUGGUUUUUGCCUUUCCAUAGUGCUUGCUAUGGUAAGCUUUUUGGGUCUUUGUCAAAGAUGGUGGAUCUUCUACUUUUUAGUGCUCAUGCUGUUGGAUUCCUUCAACAAGAAUCACAAAAAUAUGGGGCUUCUUGGAAAGAAUUUGUUAAUAAACUAGAUGGUGACCUUGAGCUUUUCAAAGAAAUGGUUGGUUCCCUAAUUAAAUGUUUAGAGGAUGUCACUUUACUCAAGUCCCUAACAUUUCUUGACAAGGAACUUGAAAAUAGAAAACUCUCUUAUGAUCCUGAGUUAGGAAACAAACCAAACUCGAACAUUUUUAGGAUUUCGGGUCCAAAUGAAGAGGAUGAGAUAGGGAGCAUCAUGCAUUCUUAUCUUCAACAUUCAAAAGAAGUUGUAGAUAAGUUGCAUGCAGUUGAAGACAAGGAGCAGAAAAGCCAAAUGGUCUUAAAUUUAGGUGCUCUUGGCUUUUGUAUGAACAAUUUCAUAAAAGAGGCAAGAGAGCUUCAGAAGGGAAUUCAGGAACUUGUUCAAUGGGAAAAUCCAGGAAAAGAUGUAAAUUUGUUGGAAAUCUCAUGUAAGAUUGCCGCCUUGUACAGUUGAAAAUUAACUGUAACGUACAAAAAAAAUGUUUGUACAAAAUCAAAUUUUUCAAGAUGUGGACAAACAUCCUUGGAAGUACCUGCA